UUCCGGUAGUGCUGGUAUCGCUGUCCUGUGUUACAUACAUAGAACAGGCUCCUGUUUCUGUUCAGAUACUGGGUACCCGUUCUUCUCAUGUCGCUUCCUCGCGGGGUUUUGGUGAAUCGGUUAAAUAAACUACCGAAAAAGAAAGAGUGCGUUGCAGCUUUGCUACAUGUGGUAACCGGGGUUCACGCAACCUUUCGUUACGCUCUACCUUAUUGAUCAGUAGCCUGUAGAGGUCCAGGUCCGAGGAAAGAUGAGCCUGUGCGGCAAAGAGUUGUCCAACUUGCUGGGCAUCAUGACAGAGGAGGCUUGUGGAAACACAUUUGAGGGCCUCUCCUCCGCUUUCCACCACUACUUCUCUAAGACGGACCACUUCCGGGUAGGCUCGGUGUUAGUGAUGCUACUGCAGCAGCCCGACCUGCUACCUACUUCUCCGCAGCGCAUUACCGCUCUCUACUUGCUGUGGGAGAUGUACCGCACUGAGCCGCUAGCCGCUAACCCUUUCGCUGCUAUAUUUGCACAUUUACUAAACCCGCCACCGCCAGCUACAGAGGAGGCAGAGAGGCUGCUGUCAGGGUUUUUACCACCUAUAACACCUCCCGAAAAAUUCUUCCUUUCUCAACUGAUGCUGGCACCACCAAGGGAACUGUUUAAAAAGACACCUCGUCAGAUCGCUGUAAUUGAUGUAACCAACCUUGCUCAACCAGUGGACAUCAGUGGGCUCCAGUUAGCCCUUGCUGAGCGCCAGUCUGAGCUCCCCACACAAAGCAAAGCCAGUUUCCCCAGCAUCCUAAGUGACCCAGAUCCAGAUUCCUCAAACUCAGGCUUUGACAGCUCUGUUGCCUCUCAGAUCAUAGAAGCUUUGGUCAGUGGCCCAAAACCACCAAUUGAAAGCCAUUUUCGUCCAGAGUUUAUCCGGCCCCCUCCACCUCUUCAUGUUUGUGAGGAUGAGCUGGCCUGGCUGAAUCCUAUAGAACCUGAUCAUGCCGUCAAAUGGGACAGAUCCAUGUGUGUUAAGAACAGUACCGGUGUAGAGAUCAAGCGUAUCAUGGCCAAAGCUUUUAAAAGCCCGUUGUCCUCCCCUCAGCAGACACAGCUCCUUGGAGAAUUGGAAAAAGACCCAAAGCUAGUUUAUCACAUUGGCCUUACUCCUGCUAAACUUCCAGACCUGGUGGAGAACAAUCCGUUAGUGGCUAUUGAGAUGCUGCUCAAAUUAAUGCAAUCAAGUCAAAUUACUGAGUAUUUUUCUGUACUGGUCAAUAUGGACAUGUCUUUGCAUUCCAUGGAAGUUGUAAAUCGGCUCACAACUGCAGUUGACCUUCCACCUGAAUUUAUUCAUCUCUAUAUUUCCAAUUGCAUAUCUACAUGUGAGCAGAUUAAGGAUAAGUAUAUGCAGAAUCGGUUGGUGCGAUUAGUUUGUGUCUUCCUUCAGUCAUUGAUUAGAAACAAAAUCAUAAAUGUACAAGACUUGUUUAUAGAAGUGCAGGCUUUUUGCAUAGAAUUCAGCAGGAUACGAGAAGCUGCUGGCUUGUUCAGAUUAUUGAAGACUCUGGAUACAGGAGAGACACCAUCAGAAGUAAAACCUGCAAAAUAAGUGACUUGUUGCUCUGAUUACCGUGACAGUUCAAAUGCUAAUAGUGUCUUGUAAAUGACUCUGUUGUGUUUCUUUUUAAAGAUUUAUUGGAGUCUGCUAAAUAGUUUUUCACCUCUACAUUUUCAAGCAGCAUUUUGUCCACCAAAAAUAUUCCCUUUUCAAAAAUCUUUCAAGACUAAUUUGAGAGAAAUGUAUACUUCAGAAAGUAAGAUUUUUUUUUUUUUUUUAUCACACAGCAUUAUUUGGAAGCUGCAUAGCAUUUUGCAGACUCAUUUUUUUUUUGACAGACCAGUCAAUGCAUAGAGUUUGUUUCUAGUGUGAGGAAUUAUGGUCAAGCCAACUAAAUUGUGCUCAAAGGACUAGUUUGUAUUACCAUUGUCAGUCUUUCAGUGCUAACUGACAUAUUUUUUUGAUUCCAAUUAAAAUUGUACGUUUAAUUUAAAAUUCAUUUAUUAUUUAACUCUUUUUUUUUUUUUUUAAUUUAAACUCAUUUGGGAGUUGAAUGAAAUUCUAGAAAACUUCAACAAGGAAAUGCACAGUGUACAUAUUUUAGCUUUAUAUGUUAAACUCUUAAUUGAUGUCAUUUUUCUGCUUCUAAAUAUAAUUGGACGUCUGACAUAUGAAGCAUCUUUAUUUUAGGCAUAAUAGAUUUGUAUACUCAAAUCCAUUGUUAUAUUAACAAUGAAACUAGCAAAGCUAAUGUUAUUUUCUAGCAACUAUGAUUACUUUUAGUAAUCCAAAGGGUUACUCUCUCCAAUGGAGCCUGCCCUUGCCAGUACAAAACCUCAAACAGUAUUGAGAACUCAAUCUUUGUGCAAGUAAUUUUUAUUCUGGCACAACCUAGUUUGGAUAGUUCUGAACCUCCUGAGGCCACGAAAGAGUAGGAUCACAUUAAAUUCUGCGCUUACAGUCUUGUGUUGAUUAAUUCAUUUGCACAAAAUACUAAUUGCUGCAGGAUUAUGUUUCAUUCUCCAUGGUAGCUGCGCUCUAAACUAAUAUGAGUUGGUAUGUAUGGUAUCACUUAACAAACUAUUGAAGAUAUUGAAACAUGAACAUAUCUUAAAUUAUUUUGGUGGUGUUAUUAGGUAGAACAAGUCUUACAAAAAUUAUAACCUAUACCAUCAGGUUUCUCCUUUCUAGUAUUGAAAACAUACUAAGUAAAAGUUUGUGCAAAACUGCAGAUAACCGUGUGUGUGUUUAUGUACAGUUAUAAUGUAAAUUACAUCUGAUCCUGACAUUACUUUUCUGUUUCCGUAUAUAUAUAUAUAUAUUAAAAAAAACAAAAAAAUUA